GUAAAACAGGGUCAACGCUGAGCGAAACAUGAGUAAUAUCUAAUGUCAUUUAUACUGGAGUAAAUAAGGAAAAAAUUAUCCAUUGAUUCUUGGUUUUUUUACGAGGAUAUGAUAUUAAAGCUAAUUUUAUGGACAAGCUUUGUGGGAAUUAUAGCGUUUUUCUGCCAGAAACAACUUUCCUCACAAAUUAUCGUUAUGCAACAAAGUGUUUUUAUCGCAGGACGAACUAAAAUGGAUGUUUAUGAAUAUUUUAAAGACGUUCGAAACAGCAUGAAAAAUACGCAGUAUGGUGACACUGUAUCCAAAAUAGUGUACAUCCCAGGUGUUGGAGGAGAGGCCGACAGAAUAAAAUUUAAUCAACUUGAAACAUUUUCCAUUCAAGGCUUAUAUGAGCAGACUCUGGAGUCACCUUGCAUUGCUAAACUUUACCCAGACACCCCAAAAAUUCAGCUAGAAUUGAAUUUAUUUGAGGGUCUAAUGAUUGGGACAGUCAAUAUUCUGUUUAAAGAAGAUUCAAAAGAUGGAAAUACUGGAACAACUGUUACUCAAUAUUUUGAGCUAGUUACUCCAAACUUUUUUGCCAAUUUUAUUGAAGCACACACUAAAUCACGCUACAAAGUCUUUUUAGAGCAUGCUCAAACACGUUUGCAAGAUUUUGCUACUGAAACGUAAUAGAGAUGUACAUUAAUUUAUCAUUCAAUAUUUAUGAAAGUUCAUGAAAUUGUAAUAAAAAAAAUGUAAAAUGGAA